AUGACUUCGCACAUCGCAAAUUACCUAUAUCUAGACGGCACAGUUGUGCAAGAGGAGGUCAUUGGAGUGGGCGGUGCGGGAAUUGUCGUCAAUCGAGAAGGAUACGCCCUCAAAAUCCCUCUGAUAUCCAAGGUGUUUGAAAUCGACGGAGUGCCAGUUGACGAUAGAAUAUUGAACGCUGAUGCAGGCGACUCCUACGACGAGCUCGCCGUCGCCAUCAAGUCUUUUCGGCAUGAAAAGGCUAUAUACAAAAGGCUGGGUGACCAUCCUGGGAUCAUCCCCUGUUAUAACGUCGACUCGGAAGAUCCCUCGAUCCAGAUGCCCUUGAUGGUUGGCGACCUUCGCAAGUAUUUGGUCGAUGUCCGGCCGACAAGGGCGCGCCAGCUCUCCUGGUUACUUCAAUUGGCGCGUAUUAUGGCCUAUGCACAUUCUAAACGUAUUCUCAUAUGUGACUUCCGGCUGGAUAAUAUCGUAUAUGACGAUAUGAUGAAUCUCAGGCUUAUUGACUUCUCCGAAUCCUCUUUGAUGGACCCCGACUGGGACUUGGACCGCUGCGAUAGAUACGGCUAUUCUAUUCUGACCGACAUUGGACAAUUUGGGGCAGUGAUGUUUGAGAUCAUAACUGGCCAACAUUGUCGUUUUGAUAUUUAUCAGGAUUGGACCGGGCCAGGAGAUGCGACAACCUGGCCUCGACGGGAAACACUUCCGUCGACAAGCGAGGUGUGGCUAGGAUCUAUUAUCGAAAAAUGCUGGACCGAAGGAGUGUUGUCGGCUGAUGAUCUUGAGAGAGAACUUAAAAAGGUGAACGUCUGCUGA